AUGAUGUCUUACCUUAAACAGCCCCCUUACGGCAUGAACGGUCUGGGGCUGACGGGCCCCGCCAUGGACCUACUGCAUCCCUCCGUGGGGUACCCGGCCACCCCACGGAAGCAGCGGCGGGAGCGCACCACCUUCACCCGCUCACAGCUGGACGUGCUGGAGGCACUCUUUGCCAAGACGCGCUACCCUGAUAUCUUCAUGCGGGAGGAGGUUGCCCUGAAGAUCAACCUGCCCGAAUCCCGAGUCCAGGUCUGGUUCAAGAACCGCCGUGCCAAGUGCCGGCAGCAGCAGCAGAGCGGCAGUGGGGCCAAAAGCCGUCCGGCCAAGAAGAAAUCCUCGCCGGCUCGCGAGAGCUCGGGUUCGGAGAGCAGUGGGCAGUUC